CCUAAACUGAAACCCUAGUUUCAUUUCAAUUUCAAGCAGCCAAGAUGCAGAUCUUCGUGAAAACCCUAACGGGGAAGACGAUAACGUUGGAGGUCGAAUCCUCCGACACAAUCGACAACGUGAAGGCCAAGAUCCAAGACAAAGAAGGCAUCCCACCGGACCAGCAGCGGCUCAUCUUCGCCGGAAAACAGCUCGAAGACGGCAGAACCCUAGCGGACUACAACAUCCAGAAGGAGUCAACGCUCCAUUUGGUGUUACGGCUCCGUGGUGGGGCGAAGAAGAGGAAGAAGAAGACGUACACGAAGCCGAAGAAGAUCAAGCACAAGCAUAAGAAGGUGAAGCUGAGUGUGUUGCAGUUUUAUAAAGUGGAUGAUGCUGGAAAGGUGCAGAGGUUGAGGAAAGAGUGUCCGAAUGCUGAGUGUGGGGCGGGGACUUUCAUGGCGAAUCAUUUUGAUAGGCAUUAUUGUGGUAAGUGUGGGCUUACCUAUGUCUAUCAGAAGGCUUGAGGUUAAGGUUUUUUUUGAGAUGAUUAUGUUAUGAAUUUGGUUGAAAUGUUAUGGAUUUUUGUAGUAAUUGUCUGGAAAAGUUUGGAUCUGUCUGGAUAUUGUUUUUGAUAUGGAAGUUUUUUUUUUUUUAAUUU